AUGGGCACGGUGCCGUCGGCGCUGAAGCACUGCCUCAGCUACCAGCACCUCCUCAAGGAGCAGCUGUGGAUCGGGGAGCCGGCCGCGUCGCCGCCUGCGGCUCCGCACCCCGGGCAGGAAUCUCAAGCAUCUGGACUGCCUGAGUACAUAAAGAUUGUAGAAGUUGGGCCAAGAGAUGGAUUACAAAAUGAAAAGGUGAUAGUCCCAACUGAUAUCAAAAUUGAGUUAAUCAACCGGCUUUCCAGAACAGGCCUGCCUGCAAUAGAAGUGACCAGUUUCGUUUCAUCCAAAUGGGUGCCUCAGAUGGCAGAUCACAAAGAAGUAAUGAGGGGCAUUGAGCGGCAUCCUGGAGUCCAAUAUCCUGUUCUCACACCUAAUCUUCAAGGUUUUCAUUCUGCUAUUGCAGCAGGGGCUACAGAAGUCUCAGUAUUUGGUGCAGCAUCUGAAUCUUUUAGCAAAAUGAAUAUUAAUUGUUCAAUUGAAGAAAGCAUAGAAAAAUUUGAAGAAGUUGCUAAAUCUGCAAGGAAUAUGAAUAUUCCAGUGCGUGGGUAUGUGUCAUGUGCAUUGGGAUGCCCAUAUGAAGGAAACAUCAUACCAGCUAAAGUGGCAGAAGUAUCUAAGCGGCUGUACAGUAUGGGCUGUUAUGAAAUCUCUCUGGGGGACACAAUUGGUGUGGGGACUCCUGGAAGUAUGAAAAGAAUGUUGGAAGCUGUUAUGAAAGAAAUUCCUCUGAGUGCUCUUGCUGUUCACUGUCAUGACACGUAUGGCCAGGCGUUAGCCAAUAUCCUCACAGCCAUACAGAUGGGAGUUGCUGUAGUGGAUUCAUCGGUUGCAGGACUGGGUGGUUGUCCCUAUGCAAAAGGUGCUACUGGAAAUGUAGCCACAGAGGAUGUGAUAUACAUGCUUAAUGGUCUGGGGAUCAAUACAGGAGUAAAUCUUUAUACAGUGAUGGAAGCUGGAAACUUCAUCUGCACAGCUUUGAACAAGAAAACAAACUCAAAGGUUGCACAAGCUUCCUUCAAUACUGGAACUAUCAAUUAAAUGGAUUUUUUUUUUGCAGCUUAACCACA